UUUUUUUUAAAAAAGAAAAGAAUUAAAAGCCCAGCAAAGCUGUUAAUCUUCAUGCUGCACAACAACCUGAAGCUUAACCGGGGAGACGACUGCAAAAGUUCUCUAGUCAACGGUCAACUGACCAAUCAGAACCCCACGCCGUGCCUUGCUUCGUCACCCCUCACCGUCUCACGGCUAUAUAACGUGAGAUGCCACCAUGCCAUGCUGCACAUCACAGAGCACAUUAGCAAAUCUAACACUCAAUUAGAGAGCAGUGUUACUUCCCGUAUCCACAUUUUUUUUACCCUGAAUAGAACACUCAAUUUCGAGUCGAAUUUCAACACUUAUAUUCUGUCCAGAUAACACUAGUAAAGAAGAGUAGAACCACACAACCAACAAGCUUACCAUGGCUAGCACAGCCACUGCUGGUCACCCCUACGCGCUCCUGGCGCUCGCGGCCAUCGUUCCCAUAGCUCUCGCCACCUUCCCCCACCGCGCGCUCCUCCAGACCUGUCAGCCCAACGGCUCCAUCCCUGGAAAGUCUGGCAGCUGCAACCCCGAGAACGGUUCCGAGUGCUGCAAGGACGGGCGGCGCUACACCACGUUCGCGUGCUCCCCGCCCGUCACGGCCGGGGGCACGCGCGCCACGCUCACGCUCAACAGCUUCGCCGACAACGGGGACGGCGGCGGCGCGGCCAGCUGCACGGGCACGUUCUUCGACGAUGACAAGAAGGUGGUCGCGCUGUCCACCGGCUGGUUCAACCGGAGGAGCCGGUGCAAGAAGAGCAUCGUGAUCCGAGCGAGAAACGGCAGGUCCGUCACGGCCAUCGUUGUGGACGAGUGCGACUCCCUACACGGCUGCGACGACGAGCAUAACUUCGAGCCGCCGUGCGCCAACAACAUCGUCGACGGGUCGCCGGCGGUGUGGAAGGCCCUGGGGCUCAACACUGACGACGGCGAGGUGCCGAUCACGUGGUCAGAUGCGUGACGUACGCACACAUGCACGCGCAUGGGGAAUUUGUGGUUGAACAUUGUAACGCACACUCGCUUUGCUCGCCUGUAACAUCGUCGUCGUCGUAUUAUCCGUAUAGUAGUUUGAUGUUCGAAUAGUACU